AAAGUCCACAAACCCUAGUCUCUCUCUCUCCUCACUAAACUCUCGCUCAUUUCAUUUUGAAGCCCUAUCACAAUGGCUUCUCGCAGGCUCUUAGCCUCCCUUCUCCGAUCGUCCGUAGGCCGAUCACCGUCCAAAUCCCCGAUCGGAAACCCUUCCCCUAGGAUUUUCCCUUCUCCGGCUCGCCGAUCCACCGGAUACCUCCUCAAUCGCGUGACCAACUACGCCACAUCCGCGGCGGCGCAAUCUCCGGCGCCACCGGCUCCGCCCAAGGAUGCCUCGAAGGGUGGGAAGAUCACCGACGAGUUCACCGGUGCCGGCGCGAUCGGCCAGGUUUGCCAGGUUAUCGGAGCCGUCGUCGAUGUGAGGUUUGACGAGGGUUUGCCGCCGAUCUUGACGGCUCUCGAGGUGCAGGACAACUCGAUCCGUUUGGUGCUCGAGGUGGCUCAGCACUUGGGAGAGAGCAUGGUGCGAACCAUUGCUAUGGACGGUACCGAAGGGCUCGUCCGAGGUCAGCGCGUGCUCAACACAGGCUCGCCUAUCACUGUUCCUGUCGGUAGGGCUACCCUUGGUCGUAUCAUCAAUGUUAUUGGGGAGCCUAUCGAUGAGAAAGGCGACCUCAAAACCGACCACUAUCUGCCCAUUCACAGAGAAGCCCCUUCUUUCGUUGAGCAAGCAACUGAACAACAGAUCCUUGUUACUGGAAUUAAGGUCGUUGACCUUCUUGCACCAUACCAAAGAGGAGGAAAGAUUGGUCUUUUCGGUGGUGCUGGUGUAGGUAAAACUGUGCUUAUUAUGGAACUCAUCAACAAUGUUGCCAAAGCACAUGGUGGUUUCUCUGUGUUUGCUGGUGUUGGUGAACGAACUCGUGAGGGUAACGACUUGUAUAGGGAAAUGAUUGAGAGUGGUGUCAUUAAGCUAGGUGACAAGCAGAGUGAAAGCAAAUGCGCUCUAGUGUACGGUCAAAUGAAUGAGCCCCCGGGUGCUCGUGCCCGUGUUGGACUUACUGGGCUGACUGUCGCUGAGCACUUCCGUGAUGCUGAAGGGCAAGAUGUGCUUCUCUUCAUUGACAAUAUUUUCAGAUUCACCCAGGCUAACUCUGAGGUGUCUGCUUUGCUUGGACGUAUCCCAUCUGCUGUUGGUUACCAACCAACUUUGGCUACUGAUCUUGGAGGCCUGCAAGAACGUAUCACAACCACCAAAAAGGGUUCUAUUACGUCCGUGCAAGCUAUUUAUGUGCCUGCUGAUGACUUGACUGAUCCUGCUCCUGCUACUACCUUCGCUCACUUGGACGCCACAACUGUGUUGUCCCGACAGAUCUCUGAGCUUGGUAUCUAUCCUGCUGUCGACCCUCUUGAUUCUACAUCUAGAAUGCUUUCUCCCCACAUUUUGGGUGAGGGACACUACGGCACUGCUCGUGGUGUCCAGAAGGUUCUCCAGAACUACAAGAAUCUGCAAGAUAUCAUUGCUAUUUUGGGAAUGGAUGAGCUCAGUGAAGAUGACAAGUUGACCGUGGCGCGCGCUCGUAAAAUUCAACGGUUCUUGAGCCAGCCUUUCCAUGUUGCAGAAGUAUUCACGGGUGCUCCUGGAAAGUACGUCGAGUUGAAUGAGAGCAUUGCCAGCUUCCAGGGUGUUUUGGAUGGUAAAUACGACGACCUUUCAGAACAGUCGUUCUACAUGGUUGGAGGUAUCGAGGAGGUUAUUGCAAAGGCUGAGAAGAUUGCCAAGGAAUCUGCUGCCUAAGCCAUGUCCUUCUAAGUUCUAAUCUGUUCCCUUCUCUCGAUAGUUGCGAAAAAUCAAUAAUUCAGGAGCCUGCUGGCAAUGCCGGCAAACAGGAUUUCAUUAUUUUUUUUUUUCGAGGACAGAUGUUUAUUGAGAAUUUACAAUUUCCCUUCUUAAGCCUUAUGUGAGGAGUGGUGUUUUUCAGAAAUGGAUAAUUGGAUCCAACUUUUUGCUCCCCUUCCUUUCCUGUUUUUGUUUUUUUCGUCAAUAAGGGGAAAGAGAAAGACGGCAUGUAUAUUUUUGCUUUUGUUAUUUCCGUGUAUUGGAUGCGCUGAUUUAACCACCCUUUUGUUAAUUAUAUAGCUAUAUGGAUGCCAUUUUUGUUUC